AUGGUCUCGUCCAGGAAGACUAAUCAUCUUCCUCAUCCCAACACAACCAAACAAACCGAAAGAUACAUUAGGAAGGUCGCAAUUCCCUUCCCGCGCUCGAGAACCCCAUUGGCAUCCAAUCGAGACAUCGGAGGGGAAAAGCGUAAGGCCAUCUUGCGCGCGGAUCCAGUGAGACGGCCGCCUUACAUGAAGUGGAAAGACAGGGGUGGAGCUCCUCGCAGGGCGGGUGGUCCCGAUACUCCACAACAAGAAUUGGGGCUAUCAAGACGCUGA